AUUGGAGAAUCUGACCACAUGUCCAUUGUGUGUGAACCUGGCUCAGGGAUCCAGACUGAGACCAGGACUCUGCAAGUCUGGACCAUCUGCUGCAGGAGUCCCAAUUCUCUCUGUGGCUGCAGGGCCAGACUCCACCUGAUGGUGGUGCAGCAGUACCUGACAGCAAAGGAGGACGCCAAAACCUCGAGCCCCAACGGACAGGAGGAGCAUUCCAAGAGGAAGAAGCGCAGUCGCAGCCGCGACAGGAAGCACAGCCGCAGUCGAGACAGGAAGAAGAGCCGGAGUCGGGAGCGUAAACGCAGCCGAGACAGACGGAGGAGUCGCAGCCGAGAGCGCCGCCGCAGCAGAGAGCGCGGUGGGCGCUACAGAGACCACCACAAGUAUCGGAGGCGGUCGAGGAGUAAGAGUCCCUUCCGGAAGGAGAAGAGUCCAAUCAGGCAGCCGAUCGAUAACCUGACGCCAGAGGAGCGAGACGCUCGGACGGUGUUCUGCAUGCAGCUCGCCGCUCGGAUUCGACCCCGAGACCUGGAGGAGUUCUUCUCCGCUGUGGGGAAGGUUAGGGAUGUGAGGAUGAUCUCAGACAGGAACUCCCGCAGGUCAAAGGGCAUCGCCUACAUCGAGUUCGUGGAGGCCAGUUCAGUGCCUCUGGCCAUCGGGCUGACGGGACAAAGGCUCCUGGGUGUUCCCAUCAUCGUACAAGCUUCACAAGCGGAGAAGAACCGAGCAGCUGCUGCAGCCAACAACCUGCAGAAAGGAACAUCUGGACCGAUGAGGUUGUACAUCGGCUCGCUGCACUUCAACAUCACCGAGGAGAUGCUGCGGGGGAUCUUUGAGCCAUUUGGGCGGAUUGAGAGCAUCCAGCUGAUGAUGGACAGCGAGACGGGACGCUCCAAAGGAUAUGGCUUCAUCACUUUUACAGAUGCAGAGUGUGCUAAGAAUGCUCUGGAGCAGCUGAACGGCUUCGAGCUGGCUGGUAGACCCAUGAAGGUGGGUCACGUGACCGAGCGCACCGACGCCUCCACGGCUUCGUCCCUCCUCGACAGCGAUGAGCUGGAACGCACCGGCAUCGACCUGGGAACCACCGGGAGGCUGCAGCUCAUGGCCCGGCUGGCUGAGGGUACCGGUCUGCAGAUCCCUCCUGCUGCUCAGCAGGCUCUGCAGAUGAGCGGCGCCAUCGCGAUCGGAGCCAUGGCCGCAGUGACAGCUGCCAUGAAUCCAGCCAUGAACCCGGCUCUCAACAUGAACAUGAACUCUCCUGCUCUGAAUCUCCCGUCUCAGCCGCUCGCCACUCACUGCUUCCAGCUGUCCAACAUGUUCAACCCCAGCAGUGAGGAGGCUCCUGGGUGGGAGCUGGACAUCCAGCAUGAUGUCAUAGAGGAGUGUAACAAACAUGGAGGUGUUGUUCACAUCUACGUCGACAAAAACUCCACUGAGGGCAACGUCUACGUUAAGUGUCCAUCGAUCCCGGCCGCCAUGGCCGCCGUCAACGCCCUGCACGGAAGAUUCUUUGCUGGUAAGAUGAUCACGGCGGCGUAUGUCCCCCUGCCCACCUACCACAACCUGUUCCCAGAGUCCGUCACUGCCACGGAGCUGCUUGUCCCACCCCCACGCCGGUGACUCACCUCAACACUGCCCUCUGAUUGGACACUGGACUUUAGAGCCAGCUGGUUGUCACACAUGCUCAGUGUGGUUCCUGAGGUCUGCCAGCAGCGAGGCUGUUUGUUUGACACAAACAAGUUGCUUGCUCUUGAUUGGCUGGUUCCUGACACCAUCAUUUCUUCCUGUUGUAGAGUAUCCAAGCCCCCCCCCCCCCCCCCCCCC